AUGAAGAUCUCUAAUUCCAUCCUUAUUUUAUUUUCAUUUCUUUUGUUAAUAUCAUCUGCCAUUGCUGCAAAAAAGUCUUAUGUUGUGUUAUUGGGAUCUCAUUCACAUGGGAUAGAAAUUACAGAGGAAGAUCUUGAAAGGGUGGUUCAUUCCCAUCAUAAAUUGCUUGGAUCCUUCUUGGGAAGUGAAGAGAAGGCAAAAGAUGCCAUAUUUUACUCCUAUAAGAAGCAUAUAAACGGUUUUGCAGCAACUCUUGAUGAGGAAGAGGCAACCAAACUUGCAGAACACCCAGAAGUAGCAGCCAUAUUGGCAAAUAGAGCAAAAGCAUUACACACAACACAUUCAUGGGAGUUUAUGCAUUUGGAGAAGAAUGGUGUAAUUCCCUCUUCCUCUCCUUGGCGUAUAGCUAAAUCUGGAAAAGAUGUCAUUAUUGCAAAUCUUGACACUGGUGUAUGGCCGGAGUCCAAGAGUUUUGGAGAACAUGGCAUAGUUGGACCUGUCCCAUCAAAGUGGAAGGGAGGCUGCAUGGAUGAAACCCCUGAUCGAGUGCCAUGCAACAGGAAAUUAAUCGGAGCAAAGUACUUCAACAAGGGCUUUAUUGCAUACUUAAAAUCUGAAAAUUCCACAGAAUUCUCAUCAGUCAUUAACUCCACCCGUGACUACGAAGGUCAUGGCUCCCACACCUUGUCCACGGCCGGGGGCAGCUAUGUGUCCGGCGCCAGUGUGUUCGGUUCAGGCGCUGGAACUGCCAAAGGGGGCUCUCCCAAGGCCCGUGUUGCCGCUUAUAAGGUCUGCUGGCCACUCGAGGGUGGAGGUUGUUUCGAUUCCGAUAUUGUCGAGGCAUUCGACCAUGCCAUUCACGACGGUGUUGAUGUUCUUUCUCUCUCCCUUGGUAGUGAUCCAGCCGAAUACUCUGAAGAUUCCAUUGCCAUCGCAGCCUUCCAUGCAGUGAAGAAAGGAAUCCCCGUCGUAUGCUCGGCCGGCAACUCCGGCCCCGAUGCUCUGACUGCUUCUAAUACUGCACCUUGGAUUUUGACGGUUGGUGCCAGUACUUUGGACCGUGAGUUUCAGGCUCCUGUUGAGCUCCAAAAUGGCCAUCGUUACAUGGGUUCGAGUCUUUCAAAAGCAUUACAAGGAAAUAAGUUGUACCCAUUGAUAACCGGAGCUCAGGCAAAAGCGAAGAACGCCGCCAUGGACGACGCCAUGCUUUGCAAGCCGGAAACAUUGGAUCAUUCAAAAGUGAAAGGGAAAAUAUUGGCUUGCUUGAGAGGAGACAAUGCAAGAGUGGAUAAAGGAGAACAAGCUGCCCUUGCCGGUGCUGUCGGAAUGAUUCUAUGCAACGAUGAACUCAGUGGGUUCGAAACCAUCGCCGAUCCCCAUGUUCUUCCAGCUUCCCAUAUUAAUUACAAUGACGGUCAAGCUGUUCUCUCCUACAUCAAUUCCACCAAAAAUCCAAUGGGGUAUUUAAUCCCACCGUCGGCUAAAGUUAACACCAAACCUGCUCCUACCAUGGCGGCCUUCUCAUCUCGAGGACCCAAUGUUAUUUCCCCUGAGAUUAUCAAGCCGGAUGUGACGGCACCAGGCGUGAAUGUUAUCGCAGCAUUCUCAGAAGCCGUAAGCCCAACAGGUGAGGCAUUCGACAACAGAACAGUUCCAUUCAUAACAAUGUCGGGCACCUCCAUGUCUUGCCCCCACGUCUCCGGUCUAGUCGGCCUCCUUAGAACUCUCCACCCCCACUGGAGCCCCUCUGCCAUCAAAUCCGCCAUCAUGACCUCUGCGAGAAUUCGCGACAACACAAUGAAACCCAUGCUCGAUGGCGGCUCCCCUGACCUUGCCCCUGCCACCCCCUUUGCUUAUGGCUCUGGCCACAUCCGCCCCACCGGAGCCAUUGACCCUGGCCUCGUCUAUGACCUUUCCCCCAACGAUUACCUAGAAUUCCUCUGUGCCAGUGGCUACGACGACAAAACCAUUCGAGCCUUCUCUGAUGGCCCUUUCAAGUGUCCACCCAAUGCUUCUAUUUUGAACUUCAAUUAUCCUUCCAUUGGGGUUCAGAAUUUGAAUGGCAAUGUCACCGUCACUAGAAAACUGAAGAACGUUAGCACUCCAGGGGUUUACAGAGCCAGAAUUAUGAACCCAGAUGGAGUUAAGGUUUCGGUGAAGCCCAAAGUUUUGAAGUUUGAGAGAGUUGCAGAGGAGAAAAGCUUUGAAUUGACGAUGACUGGAAAUGUGCCAGAAGAUCAGGUUGUGGACGGCGUGCUGAUUUGGACUGAUGGCAAGCACUUUGUUAGGAGUCCCAUUGUCAUUUCUUCUGUCUUGUUUUGA